UCUCUCUCUCUCCCCACUCUGUCUGACACACAUAUAGAUACAGUGGUGUGUAUAGAUGGCGUAAACUAGAUGGCUGAUAGUGCAAGCAAAGCAAACGACUUUUUUUUUAAGCUUCAUCUCCAUCUCUAAAAACUUACUGUUUCCCUCUUUUGUCUGUUGAAAAACAAAACAAAUCUUGUUUCUCUUGUCUCACCACUUGUAUAAUAAGCUAUAAGCUAUAAGCUAUAAGCUGUUUCUUAAUACUAAGUUAUAUACUUCACUCCCAAAAACCCACCUCCAAAAACUCUCUCCAUUUUCUUUCUCUUAAAAUUUCUCUUGUUAAUUUAUAAAACCCAAAACUCUACUUACGACUAAUUCUCUUCUUUCUUCCUUCCUUGUUUCUUCAUUUCCAUUUUUGGUGGAGCUACCUGCAUGCAUCAUCUUGUUUAAUUUAAUUGCUGCUUCUUUCUCUUGUCGCCCUUAUCACUGUCAGUCAAACUUCAGGAGGUUUUUGUUGGUUUUUUUUUUCCUUUUCAUCAUCAAACUUUCAUCAUUAGAAGCUAAUUGAACCAGAAGAUCAAGACUAUCAAGAAGAAGAAGUAACUAAAGAAGAAGAAGAAGGUUUGGUUUUUUAUUAGGGUUUGAUUUGGAUUUUGUUUUCCAAAUCAAAAGAAAACAAAUUUAGAAGUAAUUAAUAAUUAGGGAUAGAUCAAAAAUGGAGCUUUCAAGUCAAGAAGGAGAAAUGCCAAUGCCAAUAAACACAACAUACAGCCAUGGUGCCCACAUCAUCCAUCAUCAUCAUAAUGAUCAUCAUCACAUGCCCAACAAUGGCUCCCCUUCCUCCUUACAAAUCGACCAUUACAACAGCAACAACAACAACAUCAAGACAAAUUCGAAGCAGGUGAUGGUAAUCAAGUAUAAAGAAUGUCUCAAGAACCAUGCAGCCGCCAUGGGAGGUAAUGCCACAGAUGGGUGUGGUGAGUUCAUGCCCAGUGGAGAAGAAGGCACCAUUGAAGCUCUCAACUGCUCAGUCUGCAACUGCCACAGAAAUUUUCACAGAAAAGAAAUGCAAGGUGGUGGUGAUUCUUAUCUCAACAGGAAAAUCAUCUUAGGCCACCACCAUAAGAGUCUUCUACCCUCUGAAACUUUAGGGUAUCCUACAGGAACUCUUAUCUCCUCUAGACCUCACCAGAUGAUCAUGUCUUACAACAUGGGAGGAUCUUUUACUAAUCCUUCUGAUCAAUCUGAUCAUGAACAAGAUCAAGAUGGUGGGAUUUUGGUGGGAAGAGCAGCGAGCCAUCAUCAUCAUCAUCAUCAGAUGGUGAAGAAAAGGUUUAGAACAAAGUUUACCCAAGAACAGAAGGAGAAGAUGCUGAAUUUUGCAGAGAAAGUUGGCUGGAAAAUUCAGAAGCAAGAAGAAGGAGUUGUUCAACAGUUUUGUCAAGAGAUUGGAGUCAAGAGAAGAGUUCUUAAGGUUUGGAUGCAUAACAACAAGCAUAAUCUUGCUAAGAAAAACUCUUCUGAAACACCCAUUGAUCCUGCCACCACCACUACUCCUCCUACUUCAUAAUAUAAACAAAUAUAUAUAUAUAUAAUAUAAAUUAUCCUCAUCAUGAUCUCUAUCUCUCUUAAUCAUAAUAUUAUUAGUAUUAGCCUUGUGUUUUAACCAUCCUUAAUCAAUCAAUAUUUAGGAAAUUAAGGUAUUAAUUAAUCAAGUCUUGAUCUUUGAUCA